UUUGCUAAUGUUGAAGUUUCCACCUUCAAUCAUGGCCGCAACAAAUUUAACAGAGCCUUCUUCGCCACACUUGAUAAACAUAUACAAGUAACAAGGCUAAAAGAUAAAAAGUUCUUUCAAAUGGUGGCCAAGAUUAUCAACAUUGUUAUUUUCUAUAUUUUCUUCUCUACACCAUUGCGCCCUUCAGUAGCGCAAACCAAUUGGAUCAGGGUUGGUUAUUACCGUCCAUCAAAUGAGUUCCCGAUCUCGGACAUAAAUUUUACUCUCUUCACUCACAUAAUUUGUGCUUUUGCUGCUGUGAAUUCCACCUCCUACCAACUCUCUUUAUCGCCAGCUGACCAAGAACAUUUCUCCACCUUCACACAUACUGUCAAACAAAACAACUCAUCGGUCACCACAUUGCUAUCUAUUGGGGGUGAAAACGGAAAUAAUUCUACCUUUUCUUCCAUGGUAAGCAAUCCUUCUCUCAGAAAAUCCUUCAUCGAUUCCUCGAUAAAAAUAGCGAGACUUUACAGUUUUCAAGGCCUAGAUUUCGCUUGGCAAUAUCCAGCCACAAGCGGUGAUAUGUUCAAUAUGGGAGUUCUGUUUAAAGAGUGGAGGGCUGCCGUUGAUUUAGAGGCAAGAAACUCGAAAUACUCGCAACUGAUCUUGACAGCAAAAGUUAGAUAUUCAACAUUGGUAUCUUUACAAGGUUACCCUGUACAGAUGAUACAACAGAAUUUGAAUUGGGUCCAUGUUGUUUCUAGUAAUUACACCCAACCUCUUUCGACCAACCUUACGAGCGCUCAUGCAGCUUUGUAUGACCCAAGUAGUUAUCUUAAUACGGAUUAUGGCAUAAGGGAUUGGAUCACUGGAGGAUUAUCAGCUAAUAAAUUGGUUUUGAGUUUGCCUUUCUAUGGCUUCGCGUGGACGCUUGAGAACCCUAUAAACAAUGGUAUUGGUGCGCCAGCAAAGGGACCAGCUGUUGAUGGAACUGGAUUUCUUACAUACAAAGAAAUCAAGAAUUACGCAAAGCGAAAUGGUCCGGAUGUUCAUGUUUUGUACAACUCAACUAAUGUGGUUAAUUACUGGACAAAGGGAACAACUUGGAUUGGGUUUGAUGAUGUUGAAGCUGUUAGGGGUAAGGUUGCUUAUGCCCAAAAGAAGAAGCUACUUGGCUACUCUGUAUGGGAGGUUUCCUAUGAUGAUAAUUGGGUACUUUCUCGAGCUGCAGCUGCGGUGCGUAUUAAUGAUUCUUCGGUUCAAGAGGAUAGUAAACAGGGGCAACAUAAGAGAAGUUUGUCAGUAAUCCUUUUGUCUACUGCAGCAGCUGUUAUUCUUCUACUAGGAAUAUUUGUAGUGUGUUUCUGCUGGAGGAAAAAGCUCAUAUUAAAAUGGACGGUGGACUCCACUAAACAACCCAAAGAUAAAGUAAUUACAGGAGUAGGAGGUGUAGAUUUUAAUAGCAAUAUUCCUGAUCUUGUAGAAUAUACUUUGGCUGAUAUUGAGGCAGCUACCAACGGAUUUUCAAUUAAACAAAAGCUUGGACAGGGUGGAUAUGGCCCUGUUUACAAGGGUGUACUACCAAGUGGACAGGAAAUAGCUGUGAAGAAACUUGCACAAACCUCCUCUCAAGGAUAUGAGGAAUUCAAGAAUGAGGUUACGCUUACAGCAAGGCUACAACAUGUAAAUCUUGUUCGAGUUUUGGGGUUUUGCAUUGAUAAAGAAGAAAAGAUACUUGUCUACGAAUACAUGCCCAACAAAAGCUUAGACUAUUACCUUUUUGAUCCUGUUAGACUAUAUAUUUUGGAUUGGGAAAAACGUAUUCAAAUAAUUGAAGGGAUUACUCAAGGGCUUGUGUAUCUUCAAGAAUACUCAAGAUUGACUAUUAUUCAUCGAGAUAUAAAAGUUAGUAAUGUCUUACUAGAUAGAGAUAUGAAGGCAAAAAUAUCAGAUUUUGGUAUGGCUAGAAUAUUUACAAAAGAUGAUCUUGAAGUAAACACAGACCGUAUUGUCGGAACACUUGGUUAUGUUCCUCCUGAAUAUGUUAGAAGAGGUAUAUACUCAACUAAAUCCGAUGUUUAUAGUUUUGGAGUUCUACUUCUACAGAUCAUAAGUGGCAAAAGGAUUUCCCAUUUAUAUGGUCCAAGUGAAAGUUUGACCCUUCUGGACUAUGCAUAUGAGCUAUGGAUUAAUGGUAAAGCCAUGGAAUUUAUGGAUGAAUCACUAGAUGAUACAUCUUCGUCAUGUAAAUUAGUGAGAUGCUUGCAUAUAGCUCUCUUAUGUGUCCAAGAAAACCCGAGUGAUAGACCGUCUAUGUUGGAAAUUUUCACUAUGCUCAAAACUGAAACUAUAGACAUGAUGAUUCCAAAGAAGCCUGCUUUCUCGAAACGCAGUGGAAGAAACAAAUCCGUAGUGCAGUUGGAAGGUCAUUCAGGGAGCACUUCAUCAAUUAAUGAUGUCACAAUUACAAAUUUGGCAGCUAGAUGAAUUGCAGAAUGCACCUUAAGAAAUUGAAAAUGUGUAUACCUGGAAUUCUUGCAAGCUAGACAUGUUUCAUAGGUGUAGUUUUGUAAUACUCAGUUCAUCAAUUAAUUUCCAACCAAAAAUUAUUUCAGAAGCCUGCUUUCUCAAAAGAAGCUGAUUAAGAUGAACAAAGUAGAUGGACAUUUAAUGAUGCAACUGUUUCAGAAGUUGUAGUUAGAUGAUUAUAGGCUUUUGCAAUACCAAACGCGGUGAUUCUGUUCGCUUGAAGACAAUAUUGACUUCACAAAUGUUCAAUUAAAUUGUAUGCAAUUUUUUUUCAAUUGGGUUAA